GGCGUGCAUUUCUCGGCAUAACACCGCCCCUUUACUACGGUUACUCCGCAUGUUCCUGCAGUUUUACUUUCACUUAUACCUUCGUUGUGGCGCAGCUGAUUUUCUACCUGCAAGCCUCCAUCUGAAGAUGAAGGUAGACGGUGUGUGAGCUGAGCAGGAUGGAUCAGUGUGAGGAUGGAGAGGACGCAGUCCGUCCCUCUAAGAUGCCUCUCAGCGGGGGACAUGAGGACCAGAGGAAACAACCAGAACCAGAGACUGGAUCAGGACAAAGACGUGGGUCCCUGUGCAGUGACAAGUCAAAAGGUCGGCUCAUUGAUUUUAAACAAAGCCAGCCUUCUAGAAAGAGGAAGCAACCAGAACCAGAACCAGACUCUGGAUCAGAACCAGACUCUGGAUCCAGCUCAGCCUCCCUACGCAGUGACUCAUCAAAGGAUCAGCUCAUAGUGGACCAGCAGAGCUCAGAGGUUCCCAGUGGUCCGUCUGCCCAGCAGCUUCAAACUGAGCUGGACUCCGUAUUUAUGGAGGUGGAACAAAACAUGUUCACUUUUAUGAAGGAAGAGUUAAAUACGUUUAAAACAUAUCUGAGUCCAUUUGGUUCAGAGUAUUUAGAGAGUCAGACGGAGGGUGAGGAUGAGGAGCACAGGAGGAAGAACAGAGAGCACUUACUUAACAUCACUGUGAACUUCCUGAGGAGGUCGAACCAGGAGGGUCUGGCUGCACGCCUGCACAACAGUUCUCCUGUCACCUGCCAAAGUAAUCUUAAGGCAAACAUGAAGAACACAUUUCAGCAGAUUUUUGAAGGGGUUCCUAAAGCUGGAAAAUCAAUGCAUUUGAGUCAGAUUUACACCGAAGUCUACAUCACAGAGGGAGGGACUGCAGAGGUCAACCAGGAACAUGAGGUCAGACAGAUUGAAACAGCAUCCAGGAAACCACACAGACCAGAAACAACAAUAAAACAAGAAGACAUCUUUAAGGCCCCACCGGGUAGAGAUUGGCCAAUCAGAACAGUGAUGACCAUGGGAGUUUCUGGCAUUGGGAAAACAGUCUUAACACAGAAGUUCACUCUGGACUGGGCUGAAGACAAAACCAACCAGAACAUCCAGUUCAUAUUUCCAUUCACCUUCAGAGAACUGAAUGUGCUGAAAGAGAAAAAGUUCAGUUUGGUGGAACUGAUUCAUCAUUUAUUUCCUGAAACCAAAGGAAUCUUUAGCUUUGAACAGUUCCAGGUUCUGUUCAUCUUUGAUGGUCUGGAUGAAAGUCGACUUGGUCUGGACUUCAACAACAAUCCGAUCCUGACUGAUGUUACAGAGUCCAGCUCAGUGGAUGUUCUGGUGACAAACCUCAUCAGGGGGAAACUGUUUCCCUCUGCUCUCCUCUGGAUAACCACACGACCUGCAGCAGCCAAUCAGAUCCCUGCUGAGUGUGUUGGCAUGGUGACUGAGAUUAGAGGGUUCACCAACUCACAGAAAGAAGAGUACUUCAAGAAACGAUUCAAAGAUGCGGAGCAGGCCAACAGUAUCAUCUCCCACAUCAAGACAUCACGAAGUCUCCACAUCAUGUGCCGCAUCCCAGUUUUCUGCUGGAUCUCUGCUACAGUUCUGGAGGAUGUGAUGAAGACCACAGAAGGAGGAAAACUGCCGAAGACUCUGACAGAGAUGUACAUCCAAUUCCUGGUGGUUCAGACCAAAGUGAAAAAGGUCAAGUAUGAUGGAGGAUCUGAAACAGAUCCACACUGGAGUCCAGACAACAAGAAGAUGAUUGAGUCUCUGGGAAAACUGGCUUUUGAUCAGCUGCUAAAAAGAAAUGUGAUCUUCUAUGAAUCAGACCUGACAGAGUGUGACAUCGAUAUCAGAGCAGCCUCAGUGUACUCAGGAGUGUUCACACAGAUCUUUAGGGAGGAGAGAGGGCUGUACCAGGACAAGGUGUUCUGCUUCGUCCAUCUGAGUGUUCAGGAGUUUCUGGCUGCUCUUUAUGUUCAUCUGACCUUCAUCAACUCUGGAGUCAAUCUGCUUGAAGAAAAUCUGACAUUUCCCCCAAAAUCUAAAAGAGCAAAACAUGAAAAACAUCGGUUCUUCCAGAGCGCAGUAGACAUGGCCUUACAAAGUCCCAAUGGCCACCUGGACUUGUUCCUCCGCUUCUUUCUGGGUCUUUCUCUCCAGACUAAUCAGACUCUCUUGAAGGACCUGUUGACACGAGAAGAACCCAGCACAGAAACCACUGAUGAAGCAGUCCAAUACAUAAAGAGGAAGAUGAGUGAAAAGUUGGCUGCUGACAAAAUCAUCAAUCUUUUUGACUGCCUAAGUGAAAUGAAUGACCUUGCCCUUGUUGAAGAAGUCCAAGAGUCUCUGAGUUCAGGACGUCUCUCCACAGAUAAGCUGUCUUCUGCCCAGUGGUCAGCUCUGGUCUUCAUCUUGCUGUCGUCAGAAAAAGAUCUGAAUCUGUUUGACUUAAAGAAAUUCAUCAAUUCAGAUGAUGACUUUGCAAGGUUGCUACCAGUUCUUGAUGUGUCCAACAAAGCCCUAUUAAGUGUCUGCAACCUUUCGCCAAGCACAUGUGCAACCCUUUCCACAGUUCUAAGUUCUCAGUCUUCUCAUUUGAGAGAGUUGGACUUGAGUAACAAUGACCUGACGGAUAAGGGAGUAACGCUUCUAUGUGGAGGACUCGGAAGUGUACACUGCACUCUAACGACUCUAAGGCUGUCAGGCUGUCUGAUCACAGAGGAAGGCUGUGCUUCUCUGGCCUCAGCUCUGCACUCCAACCCCUGCCAUCUGAAGGAGUUGGACUUGAGCUACAACCAUCCAGGAGAGGAAGGGGUGAAGAAGCUGACUGUACAGGAUUCUAUCUGGAAACCAGAAAAACUGAGGAUGGAGCCUGCUGGUGUCCAAUGGUUGACACCAGGUCUGAAGAAGUAUUCCUGUCAACUCACCAUCGACACAAACACAGUGAACAGAAAACUCCAGCUGUCUGAGAACAACAGGAAGGUUACUGGUGUGGAUGAGAGUCAGUCCUACCCUGACCAUGAACAGAGAUUUGAUUACUGGCCCCAGGUUCUGUGCAAGGAAAGCCUUCCUGAUCGCUGUUACUGGGAGGUUAUUUGGAGUGGGAAGGUUGAGAUCUCUGUGAGCUACAGUGGAGUCCAACGUAAAGGAGGCAGUAAUGACUGUGAGUUUGGAUUUAACAACAUGUCCUGGAGUCUGAGCUGCUCCGAUGAGGGUCGUUAUUCUGUCUGCCAUCAGAGCAAAAGGGAGUUCAUCUCCUCCUGCUCAUCUUCUGCUCCCUACCACAAAGUAGGAGUGUAUGUGGACUAUCCAGGUGGCACUCUGUCCUUCUACAGAGUUUCUUCUGGAAUACCGAUCCAUCUCCAUACCCUCAAGACAGAAUUCACUCAACCUCUUUAUCCUGGUUUCGGGUUCUGGACGGGAUCUUCAGUCACUCUUUGUUAAGUAGAGUUUUGUCCUCAUGGUGACAGAAAAUCUCCAGAUCAGUGAUAAACAUGAUUGGGUUGAGUUAAGAAUGUAAAAAUAAAUAUUUUGUGUCAUUCUAGAUGAAACAGAAAAUGAUGGGGAACAAACUGAAGUUGUUUUCAAUCAUCUUUGAUGGAAAAUUAUCACUUAUAUUUAAAUAUUUGUUUUCAAGUAAGUGGGGUAUGUUUGGAGCUUUACGGUGCAUUCACACCAGCCCUGUUUAGUUUGCUUUAAUCAAACUCUAGUUCUUUUAGAGAAUCCGGUUUGUUUGCAAAAAUGUGAAUGCAUAAUCAAACUCUGAAGCAGAUCAAAAAAGUGCAAGUGAACUGUGGUGCAUUUGAAUUCAUAUGUGAACGCCAAGUGGACCAGAGAGUGCUCCAAAAGCAGGAAAUGGAC